AAUUCAUUAUAAUCGGAGAAACACGCGUUUUAAAUAGUUGAUAUUUUGAAUUUUAAAUGCAAAUAUCUCAAAAACUAGAAGUCAGCGGCAACUAUAUAAUUAUACAUAUAUUCUUGAUCUGGAGGACCUCCUUUAUCCGUACAUACUCACUUUAACCCCGAAAUCGAAGGAUGCUAGUUUAAAAUUUACCCGAGAAUUGUAUCUGUAUGAAACUGCUGAUUUGCGAUAUAGACCAAGGUCUAAACGCUUCUUUUGGCAAUAUUGACAGCAAAAAAAGAAUUACGACUAUACAAAUAGCUAGUCAGGAUGUUAUGUUAGGGGUAUGGAGUCUUAAUUUGUAAUAUUGGCUUAAAAAUAACCAUAUCUCUCGAAAGUGGAAAAACCGAUAAUAAAUUACAAAUUUUAAUUUAAAAAUAACCAUAUCUCUCGAAAGUGGAAAAACCGAUAAUAAAUUACAAAUUUUUGUGUGACAAGCGUAUUCAAUAAUGAAUCUACUUUUUUUGCUUUUAUUCGGAUUAAUAUCGAAUGGGGCUACUUACAAGCCCGUGGUUUUAAUUCAUGGUAUUUUAUCAGGACCUGAAAAAAUGAUUGUAUUAUUUGAAGAAAUUGAAAAGACGCAAUAUUCUAGAAGGACACGUUCGCAUCAGCGAGAAGUGCGUGGCUAUAUAAGCCGUGGCAGCGCCAACGUAAUCAAUCAGUGCUAACAGUUUAGUUAUAGUGUAGACGAGUUGUAAAAUAAAGAGUUGUUGAAUUGAAUUAAACAGUUUUUGGUUUUAUUCGUCAAUCCAGAGAUACGAACCUAGCAAAGUAAACUAGCAAGCAGUAAAAUCGUAACAAUUGGUGUCAGAAGUGGGAUUGUCAAAUAAUCCAAAUUCAAGAUGGUUAAAUUCGGAGAAUUGAGAAUUCAGGAAUUAAAAAAGGAACUGGAGGAGCGUAAUUUGCCAAUAAGCGGGCAAACGGCGGAUCUGCAGGCACGAUUACGUGAAGCAAUGGAAGCGGAUGGAAUUAAUGUGGACGAGUUCGAAUUUGAUGGGCCAGAAACUUCUACAAAGGUGGAAGAAAAAGUAGAAGAACAACGAACAUCAUCAAGCGUAGACAUGAACAUGCUAUUAGUGGCUAUACAGCAAAUAGCUGAAAAUACAGAAAAUGCAGUGCAAACAGGAAAUCGUCUGGCACAGUAAAUGACGCAAAUGGCUGAAAAUACAUCACAGUUAGAGUCUCGCCUUACACAACAAAUGACUGUAAAUAAUACACAGUUAGAAAAGCGUUUGGUACAACAGAUUACAGAAAAUACUACACAAGUAUAAAAACAAGUGCAAGAGAAAUUUUCAAAAUUUGAAGAGGAAUUAAGCACGUUAAAAAAUGAAGAAGAAAAUUUAAAAUCAGAAUUUCUUCAACUGAGUAAUCGUAUGCGAGAACUGCAACUGCAUGGCCCUGCACCAUCAACAAAUAAUCCAAGAUUGAAGGCACCCACAUUCGAUGGAAGUAUUCCAUUUCAAACUUCAGUUUGAAAAGACAACUAUGGCCAAUAACUGGAAUGCAGCGGACACAGUGGCGUCCUUGUUUGUAUCAUUGAAAGGACCUGCGACAGAAAUCCUUCAGACUAUUCCAGACUGUGAACGGGACAACUAUGAGGCAUUGAUGAGUGCGAUAGAAAGACGAUAUGGUAGUGAGCACCGGAAACAAAUAUACCAGAUCGAACUGCAAAAUAGGGGUCAGAAAAUGAACGAGUCAUUGCAAGAGUUCGCAACUGAAAUAGAACGACUGGCUCAUUUGGCAAAUGCAGAUGCACCUGUGGAUUACAUUGAGAGGGUAAAAAUUCAAUGUUUCAUAAAUGGAAUUCGUGAUGUGGACACCAAACGCGCCACAUAUGCAUUGCCAAAAAGAACGUUUGCUGAAACGGUUUCGCACGCCCUCACACAGGAAACAGCUUCCCUACUAAGUAAACCAGCACACAAAGGACAAAGGGUUGAAAUGGAACAACCGGCGCUGAUGGAAGAAAUAUUGAAGACUCUGAAGACAAUUGCUGCACCGCGAGUAAAUACAACAGGAAGAUGUUUCAACUGUGGAAAAACGGGUCACUUUGCCGAAAUUGCAAUAUAAAAGUAAACCCAUCAAAACGGAAACAACCAACAGAUAACGAUGACGGAGCAUCCACAUCUCACAAGUCGUUAAACUAAAACGGAACAGUUCAAAGGGGCGUGAGCUGGUUCCCACAACUAUUUGCCCCGCCAUCUCGAUAUCACAAAUAGGUCGCCAUGACAACAAUCUUACUAUCAACGGCAUCGUAAAUGGACGACUGUCAACGCUUACUUUGGAUACUGGUGCCGCACAUUCAAUUAUCCGACCGGAUGUGGUAAGAAGAACGGUUGAACCAUUAGCCGGUUGCAAGCUUCGAACGGCCACCGGGGAGGAAGCAGCUGUCGCGGAAAAAGUGUUUUGCGAAGUGAUGAUUGGUACCCUGGAAGUUAAUCACACCUUCAUCGUAGCAGAAAUCACGGAUGAAAUUAUAAUGGGAGUAGAUUUCAUGAUUGGGGUUACUUUGGAUUUAAACAAGCAAAUGCUGUUUUGCCAGAAUAUGGAGAUGCCUAUAAACACCGGAUAUGUGACCAACGUUGAAAGUAAGAGGGUGAUUGUUGAUGAUAAUCAGAGUAUUCCACCAAAAUCUGAGGCGAUUGUAUGGGCUAAAGUGAAUGGAGGAGGUGGGACUGAAGAGUUGUGGAUUGUGGAACCAACAAAAAUAGAUACACCCAUAUUGGUAGGAAGAACGCUUGUGAAAACUAGAGAAGACGCCACCAUUCCAGUCAGAGUAGUGAAUGAAUUCAACACGCCUAUAAGUCCGAAGAAAGGAGCAGUAAUUGGACAGUGCCAGCCGGUCACAACAGAAGCCUACUAUUGAGCCACAGCAGAUAAGUCCUACACUCCUAAAUAAUUUGCUGAACGAACUGCAUGGAAAUGAAAAAUUAAAAGCAGAAAAAUUUGCAAACGAAGGAAACACAGGAAGAACCGGCAUUAUCAAACAUCGCAUAAAUACCGGAGACGCUAAACCAAUCCGACAAGCUCCGCGUAGGGUUCCACUAGCAAAACGUGAGGAUGCUAACAAAAUUAUUGAGGACAUGCACAAAAACGGUGUAAUCGAACCUUCAAUAAGUCCAUGGAGCUCACCUAUCGUCUUAGUUAAAAAGAAAGAUGGUAGCACCCGUUUCUGCGUAGAUUAUAGGAAGUUGAAUGAUGUCACAAAGAAAGACAGUUAUUCUCUACCAAAAAUCGACGAUACAUUAGACACCUUGCCUGGAGCGAAAUGGUUUUCUACACUAGAUCUACAAAGUGGAUAUUGGCAAGUCGAGAUUGAUGAAUGUGACCGUGAAAAGACCGCUUUCAGUAUGGGCGACGGGUUAUGGGAAUUCUCUGUGAUGCCAUUUGGGUAAUGAUGGAACAUGUGUUAAAAGGACUCAACUGGAAGACAUGUUUGGUGUAUCUUGAUGACAUUAUCAUCAUGGGAAAAAGUUUUGAUGAUCAUCUGAAAAAUCUAGAGGAUCAGCCGGAUUACGCUUGAAUCCCAAAAAAUGUUCAUUAUAGAAGAAGCAGGUCACAUAUCUCGGACAUAAAGUGUCAACUGAGGGGAUUCACACCGAGAAGGGAAAAAUAAAAGCAGUUAAAGAUUGGCCUCAACCCACCAACAUACAUGAACUCCGCAGCUUCCUCGGCUUAUGCACGUAUUACCGCCGUUUUGUACCUAGAUUUGCGAACGUGGCUAGAAGUUUACAUGAUUUAACAAAGAAGAAUCGCCCGUUUGUAUGGCAGUUGGAACAAGAAAAAGCGUUUGAGCAGCUUAAAGAACUACUUUGUACGGCGCCGAUGUUAGCUUAUCCAAUACCUGGAAAGAAAUUCAUCCUGGAUACAGAUGCGAGCGCUUAUGGAAUUGGAGGUGUCCUGUCUCAGCUCAUCGACGGACAAGAAAGAGUAAUUGGGUAUUACAGCAGAGUGCUCGGGAAACCAGAGAAAAACUACUGUGUGACGCUAAAAGAACUACUAGCCGUGGUGGAAUGUGUAAAACAUUUCCACAAGUAUUUGUAUGGACAACGAUUCUUGCUGAGGACUGAUCAUGCAGCAUUAAAAUGGUUAUUACAGUUUAAGAAUCCGGAAGGCCAAAUUGCACGAUGGAUCGAAAGACUACAGAAUUACGACUUCGAAACGGAACAUCGAAAGGGGAUUCACCACAAAAAUGCGGAUGCCUUAUCACGUCGCCCUUGUCCACUGGAAUGUAAACAUUGCUCCAAAUCAGAAGGAAAAGAAGGUAUAAUCGACGUGCGAUUACUGAAUAUAGAACCUGAAGAAGUACAACGUGGGAUACCAUUUGAACGAGUCACGAUGGAUGUUGCAGGUCCGUUCCCAACCAGUACGGCCGGAAACAAAUAUCUACGGGUUGUCAUGGACUAUUUCAGUAAAUGGCCAGAAGUAUACGCCUUACCAAACCAAGAAGCGAAGACAGUAGCCGAAGCGUUUGUAGAAAAGUGGAUAACAAGGUUCGGAGUGCCCGUCGAAUUACACUCAGAUCAAGGCAGGAAUUUCGAAUCUUCCAUUUUCCAAGAAGUCUGUACAUUAUUGGGCAUCCACAAGACACGGACAACAGCGUUACACCGCCGUAUAGCAUUAUGUUCUUGUAAUUUCCAGACGCAAUAUUCUAGAAGGACACGUCUGCAUCAGCGAGAAGUGCGCCAACGUAAUCAAUCAGUGCUAAAAGUAAACUGUUAUAGUGUAGACGAGUUGUUGAAUUGAACUAAACAGUUUUUGGUUUUAUUCGUCAAUCCAGAGAUACGAACAUAGCAAAGUUAACUAGCAAGCAGUAAAAUCGUAACAAUAUUAUAUUUCAAUAUUUCUUCAUGGAAAAAUUACCUUACAAGAUGCGUUCCAAAGUAAACAUAAACAGAACAAAUGGUUUUUUCGGCAAAAUCAAUUUAUUUUAUUCAAAAUAGUCUCCUUCUGCUUCAAUAUACAAGUUAACAUAAGCUGCCCUUUGUCAACAAUAAGGUCCGCGCGUGGCCUGAGUCAGCGAAUCCACAUUCUCACGCUAGCAGCUAGCAGUUAACAUAAGCAGCACUUUGUCAACAACAAAGUCCGCGCGUGGCCUGAGUCAACGAAUUCACAUUCCCACGCUGACGGGUAAGGCACAGCGGUAGCGGCAAACUGCCAACGCAAGGGUCGGCGUCGUAUCCGCUGCAAUAACUCUACAACUACUACUAACAACGAAUUGCGGGACACAACAACUAAGACAAGGUGCAGGGACUUAUUUAAGACAUUAGCUUUAGAAUGUAAGUUUCAGUUUGUAACAGAGAACUCAUCAGACAGCAUGAUCUGAUUAAUAAAGUGAUAAUAAUAAAGAAACAUGACGGUUAUUCGUAAUUGGCGCCCAACUAUAUGGGAAUAAAAAAAAUUAAAGUUCCAUAAAAAAUAGUAAAAACUAUUCGGGAACAAAAAUUAAAGUUCGUUAAAAAAUAGUAAAAACUAUUCGGAAAUAAAAAGCUCGAUAAAAAAUAGUAAAAAAAACUAUUCGGGAAUAAUUGUACGGACCCAUCAAGGAAGAGACGUCUCAAAAAAAGGAUUCACGGACCAAAGGGGAUCGAAAAUUUAAACCAAAAAAUAAAAAAAUAGAAUUAAGAUUCAAAAAUAUGUAAGUAGAGUGCAAAAAAUAUAGUAUGUUGAAUUGCUCUAAUAAAAAAAGUAGCUAAGAAAAAAACUUGUGUUAAAUAUAACUGUAAAUCUUUGCACGAGUUUUUGAGAAAUAAAUUUUGCGCAGUCCAACUUAUUGGUAUCGGUUUUACUUCAAGCUCAUGAGUGAUCAGGACCUGGACAAAAUAUUUGAGAGCCUUAACGGAAUAGAAGUUAGUAAAAGACAGUGCAACAAUAGGGAUAAUAUAGAAAAUUGGUGGACAGAAUAUAGAGUGGUAGACAAAAGACAAGAAAUGGCGCUGGAACCAGACCAAUUAAGGGCAUUAGUGGAAAGUGCAGUUUGUAGUGCUCGGGGAUUGUACUCGGGAUUAGAUGUGAGGAGCCACUCGAUAUUGUAAAGUCCUUACCGGACUUCGACGGUAAGCAGGAGAAUUAUGUAUCGUGACGGCAGGCGGCACACACCGCCUACAAAGUUUUUGAAGGCUAUGAAGGUAGCAGCAAACAUUAUCAGGCUGUUGCCAUCAUUAGAAAUAAAGUUAAAGGCCCGGCCGACAUGGUUCUGGCCUCAUUUAAUACCGUUCUAAAUGCUAAUGCCAUAAUUAAUCGACUCGAUUUUAGUUAUUCCGACAAACGACCAAUUUACUUGAUCGAACAGGAGAUGUCAACUCUCCGCCAAGGAAGUUUGUCACUACUACAAUAUUACGACGAGGUAGAGAAAAAGUUAACCCUUUUAACUAACAAAACGAUAAUGACUUUCGAAAAAUCAAUUGCUGCAUCACUAAACGAAAAAUACAGAAUGGAUGCAUUAAGCGUAUUUA